AACACGAACAACAUGAGCCUUGAAAACGCGUCAGCACCGCACCACAACGAAGCUAUCCGCUCAGCCAAACCAAGAAUAGUCCGUCUUCCGUCCCUCGCCGCGUGUUCAAAUGGCCCUCUCGCGUGCGAUGUGCGUGGCGGUCACCCGCCCAUCGCUACCGUCUCCUAGGUUCCGCGUCCGGGCAUCCGCCGGAGGACGAUCGCCGGCGAAUCAAUUUCCACCACUCGCGGCUUUCUUCCGCCGCCGGCUCCUCUCCGGCACGAUGGCAGCCUCGCUGAUUGCAGUGGGCGCCAACUUCGGCGGCCUGACCAGCUUCCUGCUUGGGUUAUUGCCGGAGGCCGCCCGGGAGCUUCGUCUUGACGUUCUUUAUCCUGUUCAAGGCUUCACCCGUUGCUACGAUCCCGAUCAAGGGUUUGAGUUCAUAUUCCCAGCAGAAUGGGUUGGCGACCAGUCAGUGUUGAAUAGAGCUGCAGAUAUUGCUGAAUCUCAAAGAUCCAUAGAACCUCCAGCACUAGGUGGUGGAAGACCGACUUCACGGAUAUUUCGUGGCCCGAAUGAACCAGCUGUUGCAUUUGCACUACCAGGGUCCUCUGGGGAGCUCAAUGUCAGCGUCAUCAUUUCCCCAGUACCUCGUGAUUUCUCAAUUGAGGCAUUUGGCAGCCCUAAGAUGGUGGGGGAAUCUGUGCUCAGGAAGAUAGCUGCAUCAAGACGUGGAGCAGAUGUGCGAGCAUCCCUUCUAGAUGCAACCCUUAGGCAGGAUCCGUCUAUGAAAGUGAACUACUACAAAUUGGAGUUUUCAGUUGAAAGUACAUCAUUCCGACGCCAUAAUGUUGCAGUUUGCACCGCACGCAGUGGAAAGCUCUUCACUCUUAAUGCUCAGGUACCUGAAUCAUCAUGGCCAACUGUCAGAGAGGAGUUGUAUAAGAUAGCAGAUUCUUUCAAUCUCACAGAGGCAUGAACUAUUCUAUUCAAUUUUCCUGUCAACGGUUGUGCAAGAAAAAUAGAAUAGAAUCGAUUAGUAUUCAACCAAGCCGAUCCAUUCUUUUGAAGAAAAAUAGAAUAGUAAAAUCUUUCUAAUGUAUAUCAUUCCUGAAAAUUUUGGCACCCACUCUGUGAGAGAAUGUUUUGAUGUUUUGUAUGUAGAUCAUCAUGUAACAUAGCAACACAUCCUGAACAUUACUGGAUUGUGAUUUAGAUAAAUAUUAAGAGCGCAGUAGCAUAUACUAUUUGUCAUAUC